UACGGACGUCACACGAGGCGUAAACUCAAAAAGUUUACGCUUGAUUUGUAUGGGAGAGCGUAAACUUCCUGUCAAAAGAUUUCAGGGUUGUAUGGCUGAAAUUCAGUUUACGCCAAAGUUUACGCUUCGUGUGACGUCCGUAUAAUAGGGACAUCACACGAAGCGUAAACUUUGGCGUAAAUUUGGAAUUUGAUCAAAACAUCUGUCAAAAAGUUUACGCUUCGUGUGACGGCGUUUUUGGUCGGUCAAUAGCGCUGAUGCGUAAACUUGCUGUCAAAUCGUUGUUACCGGCGGAUUGUUGAUGUGGAUGCCAUUGUGUUUUGUGUUGAUAUUUUAUAAAAACGUCGAAGAAAGUUUAAUAUAAUAAAAUGGACUCACUACUAAUGAACAAAUCGUGGCUCUCUGCAGUUGAAAAAGUGUUAGAGGCUUCUGAAGCUAGGGAAGCCGGUCGCCGGCCAGCAAAUCGCCGUUGCUAUUGGGUUCAAUCGUUGUUUAUGGAGCGCCGGCAAAUUGGAAACGAUGUGCUAAAGCAUGUAUCUGCCGAACGUACAGGUGCGAUGCUGCUGAAAUUCCUUCGCAUGAAUAGGCAAGAUUUCGACUUUUUGGUGGGGCUUGUUCGUCCUAUGAUCGAGCGCAUGGAUACAAACAUGCGGGAAGCGAUUACUACCCAGGAAAGAGUAUUAAUCGCGUUGCGUUAUAUGGCAACUGGCGAAACGUUUACAGGCCUGCAGUAUAUGUUUCGUGUGUCUCGUCCAUGCAUUGCCCAAAUAGUAAUGGAAGUGUGUAAAUGCAUUCGAGAGGCUCUACGUGACUAUGUUAAGACGCCGUGUUCGCGACAUGAAUGGCUCGAUAUUUCUGAGCAAUUUGAACGACGCUGGAACUUUCCACAUGCAAUUGGUGCCAUCGACGGCAAACAUGUCCGUAUUCGAAAACCCAAUCACGGCGGCUCUGAAUAUUUUAAUUACAAGGGUUCUAAUAGCAUUGUGUUAAUGGUUGUAGUUGAUGCUAACUACAAUUUCCUGUGUGCUGAUGCUGGAGGCAAAGGAGGCAUUUCUGACGGUGGAAUUUUUAAAAACACUCGAUUAUAUCAAAAAUUCGAGAACAAACAGUUGAAUAUUCCGGAGCCGAAGCCAUUGCGUGUGCCGUAUGCAAUAGACGUUCCGUAUUUUAUACUCGGCGAUCAGGCGUUUGCAUUUACGGAUUAUUGUAUCCGUCCAUUUCCUGGGACACAUGCAUCGGGCAGCAUUGAACGCGUGUUCAAUUAUCGUCAUUCUCGUGGCCGUACGGUUGCCGAAAAUGCUUUAGGCCACAUAUCCAAUCGGUUCUGGAUAUACCAAACCCCAAUUCAACUUCAACCAGAAAAAGCUACUGAAGUUGUACUAACUACAAUUUAUUUGCAUAAUUUUCUCUGCAAAAGAUCGUCAAGAACUUUGUAUGCUCCUGCAACGGCAUUUGAUAGAGUUGUUGACGGGAGGCUUGUGGCAGGUGAUUGGAGGAGUAAUGACACGUUGGCUCCUUUAGAGUAUUUUUCAUCCCGGCCUUCUAAUACACUGAGAGAUAUACGUAUUCACAUGGCCAAGGACUUCGUGAAUAACAAUCGUUUAAGAUAAUAAAACAAGAAACAAAAAAGAUAAUUAUCCCCAUUUGGUCUUGGAAAGAAAUGAAUUUGUUUUUCUUUGUUUCCCUUCUUCAUCAGAUACUGGUCAUGUUGCGUUUUCUAUCUGAAGGGGUUAAAGAUCGAAAAAACUUGAGUUCUUUUAAAAUGGUUUGUUUCAUAACUACUACUCGCUUUUAGUGAUUAUGUAGGACAACUUACAGUAUUCAAGAAUCAACGGCGAUUAGAUCUCCACUCCGCGUGUCACUGUUGCCAGUAUUUCUGUUGCGCUGCAUGUUAGGCCACAAAUACAGCAUGAGCAUCUCUGCGUUACCGCGGUAGCGCGUUCGAAUGACAUUUCAUUUAUAUGGCUGGAUUGUUAUACGCGUUUCCGCGGGCGCGAAAACGCAAGUCGUAUAUUAGCGGCCUUAGAUAACUUUAAUUGCUCGUUGCAUUACUACAAAUGGUAUGGAGAAGUGGCGGGGUAGUUCUAGCCAAACUCGCUGCACCCAUUUUUCGGAUUUGAAUCCAUUUACCAUUCACUUACGCGUUUGAACUAGACAUGGGCAAAAUGAUUCUUUGCGACGAUUCGAGCGAGCUGGCUCUUUUGCUUACUGCGAAUCACGAGCGAGUGGUGAUUCGUCCGCUCGCGCUAGCCAUACCUUUAAUUGGACAGGAGAUAUAGGUGAUAUUUUUCGUGAGGUAUUGCUUAAUUAAUGCAGUUUGUUCUCGAAUAAUAGAGUAUACAGUUAAUGGUGAGAAAAAAUCAAUACACAAAAAUACACAUUUUUUACAUCUUCGAUGGGAACGAAUGUUACACAAAUCAUUAUUAUAGUGAGUCUUUAAGCAAUAAGGCAAAGCUGUCCUCCUGUAUAAAAAAAACAUAGCGUACGGCAAUUGGAAUACUUUUUUUUCUAUUACAAAACAAUUGAUAUUCUUUAUCGUAAUCACUGGUUUUGUGCAGCGAAUACAACGAAGAAAUUCAAACUAGGUAAUAUGUAUUAGAACCACCAUAAAUCCGAUUUGUGUAUGUCGAAAUAUACCUUGCUUUUUAAAAACCAGCUGUUUAUCAGCGACUCUACAACCUAGCUCGCGAGUGCACUGUCUAUCAAAAAUACGCAGUGAGAAGAACAGGGUAGCUCGCGAGCGCACUGCCUAUCCAAAAUCCGUGCAGAAAAAAACAGGGUAGCUCGCGAGCGCACUGCCUAUCCA